CGCCGGCCGCCCCUCUCGCCCGUAAUCAAAUCAACCAUUAUUCGUAUUUACGUGGUCUUAGCCGCUGAAUAUACCUGCUGGUCUCAAUCCGCCAUGUGACAAAAUGCCACCAGUACAAUUACCGUCAGAAGACUCGACUGCCUUCACCAUACUCAAUCAUGAGGAAGAGAAAGUUGAAAACACCGAGAGCGCGCUACCGAAAAACGUCAAUGUUGUGAAACCUUUGCAAAGAGACGAAGAAAUCAAAGGAGACACAAUGGACAGCCCAUCGGGCCCUCAGACUAUACUAGACCCCAAAUUUUCGAGAGCUCUCGACUUCAAACUCAGGAGGUUAAAAGAAAAAGAAAUACUCCAAGCUAAUUUACGUCGACCUAUUCGAUAUAAACCAAGAAACGGGCUCUUAGCAGCGUCCAAUCCUAACAUUAGUUCUAAAGAUAAUACCUCACCUAGCAAACUAAUUAGCCAGUCACAUCCUAGGAUAGAUAAUUUAGCGCCAGAUGUGGAUAAGUUGAAGGUGUCUCCGAAGAUGGACAAGUCUCCUUCGCCGGGGCGGAAAAGUCGUGUGCGAAAAAUUUCCGGUUCGAAUGAUGGUGAGAAGCCUCGGUUUGUUACUACCGUGAAGACUGGCCAGUUUCUGUUGCCUCCUCCUGAAGUGGCUUGUCUGUUGGGCUUGGAGACGUUAUACCCGCCACAGGAGAGAGAUAAAAUAGUGUAUUCUUACGCGAGUAAACCAAAAGCGGUCAAUGCCCGGACGAGGCGGUCUGUUCAAGAGAAGAAGGAGAAUAAAGAGAACAUUCCCAACGGUGGGAUAGUGAGUGGGCCUCCGAAGAUACACGUGGGACAGGUGUUUGGGGGCGUCAGGGCGCUGGUGGCUGGCGUGAUGGGCAUACGGCAUAUUAAUGAAAAACCGAUCAGCGGCAGCAUCGCGACGUCGCAGUACACCAACAUGAUGCACGAUAAGCGCGUCGUGCGCGGGAGCACGUUCGCUGCACAUCCACAGGCCGGGGGCGAUGGCGCUGAAAGCCAAGCAGCGAGAGCAGCGCGCACGCGCAGACGAGCGCUGGCGCGCAAGGCUGCGGCCGCGCGUUUACGGCCCGGCACCCCCCCUCCUGCCCCGGGGAGGCGCCACCAUCCUAUACAGACUGAAUACUACCUGGAGGAGCUAUUCGACAAAGGCCAAGAGAUGGAAGUGGGCGUUCAGACGGACCUGUUCGUGGACCGUCCCUCCACCCCCAUCUACGUGCCCGCCAAGACCGGCGCCGAUGCGCACACGCAGAUAUAUCCAGGAGAUCUGUUCGACUUCGACCUGGAAGUGCAACCAAUCCUGGAGGUCCUUAUCGGGAAGACGACAGAGCAAUCGUUAGCCGAGGUGGCCCAGGAGGAGGAGUUGGCGACGUUGAGAGAGCAACAGAGGCGGUACUGCGAGCUGAGAGACGCCGAGCUGGCUGAGAGGCAGCGGCUGGCUGCGCAGGAUCUCCGGUUGCACCAGGAGAAGGAGCGCCGCGUGGCCGAGGCCAGGAUAGCACAGAUAGCGGCGACGGAGGCCCGCGAGCGCGCCGCUGCGGCGGUCCUGGUGCAAGGCUACGUGGCCGAGCUGCUGCCUUCCGUGCUGGCUGGCCUGAGAGACCAGGGAUACCUGCUCGAGCGCGUCGAGAGAGGAGUAGACGAGGAGUUCAUGCCGUGGCUGAUGAAGGAGGUAUCAAAUGAGGUGGAAUCACUCAUCACCAGCCGCGAUGUUCUCACAGAAAUCGUGCGGGACGUGAUAGAGGCGAGGUCGGAGCUGUACCGUGCAGCAGGCGAGCGGGAAGCUGAGUACGUUGAACCCGAAGAACCCCCCACCCCGCCCUCGGUCUACGGGGAGGGAGAGGAGGAACCCUUAGAUGACGUAGCAGUAUAACCUCGGACUCGUGAGCGCGGCGGUCAGAACGCCUCGCUGCGCGUAACCAGUUCGAUUCCUCGGCAAAUUUCAGUGGACGACCACUUGAUAUACUACAUGUAUCAGAGAUCCUGGGCUUAUCGCAAAAUUAUCCGUAAAGAUAAUUUCAAGUAUUGCGUAAUAAAACAUUUUAUGUUUUGCAAUCAAAUUGUGAAACGGACUUGAAUAAAAGUAGACACUGCAACUAAUAACGAUGGGAAAAGUUUCUGGGAAGAGAAAGUUUGGAAGAAGGAAAAAAAAACAUCUGGUCUGUGGAUCAAUAAAUGAACCUGAAUGAGCGAGCACAGCUGAGCUAACUCCGCAGAGCUAAACACAAAAAGGACUUUAGAAUACUAAACUCUAACCUUCGAAGCAUCCUAAGAAAUGAUAACAGUUUGUUUGAACACCAGUGUUGUCAUCCCAGUGGUCACAGAAGCAGAUAUUUUUACUCUUUAUAAACAGAUUGACAGUGUGGGUCUAAGCUUUUAAUGAAGGUAAAUAAUAUGUAUAGAUAAAUAAAAUUCAAGAAAUUGAAUGACUCUAUACUAAUAUUACAAAAGUGAGUCUUUUGACCUAUCUGUCAUGGCAAAGCCAAAUUUUAUGAAUUUUGGCGAAAAUAUAAUUAGCUACCGCGAGAGAAAAUGUGGACAAUAGCUAUAUAUAUAAAAAUUUAACUAUAGUUUUGUCUCUUAAAGAAAUAAAAAUUAAACUUUUAUAGUAUUGGGUAGUGAGUGUCAGAAUCGAUUUUCAACAACAGUUUUGUAUUUGUUAAUCAGGGAAAUAUAUUUUUUGAAUUAAUGAAAUAUUAAAAGGCCUUAAACUAUGCCUUCAUUUGUAGCUGAAUUAAGAUUAGAAUCAUGUUGAUGUAAAAGUGUAGCUAGUACCUUUCUAUUGCGACCUUUUGUACAAUUUUACUUAUUAAAAGAAACUAUUACACAGUAAAUACUCGCUAAACAUUGUCUCAAUUUUACAAUUUAAAAUGUUUAUAAGCGAUAUCAAUAUAGAGCGAAAAGGGUUAAUAAAAACAAGCUUUUAACUAUAUCUUUUUAAUUGGUAUAAUGUUUAAAAAUUUCAUGACCUGGCUACACUUUUACAAUUUGUCUAAAAUAAAAUUGUAAAUAACAAUAACUUCAAGAUAUCUUGAUAUGAAAUAUUACUUUAAUGUUAAGGCAGUACAUGACUUAUUAGUGCCUUAACUUAAAAUAGAUUAUUUGAAUCGAAAAAAGACAAUUCGAAUGUUGUUGUUUACGAGUUGCCCUGUCCUCAUCCCAUACUAGACAGAGCCAAUAGUCUUACCGUAAUUUAUUAUAUAAAUAACAUACAUUCGAUGUGGCGCCUUAACGUUGACCUUAUCUUGCGUCCUCAUUUAGACAAAUCAGUGCGAUGCGACGCGAUGCGAUAUCAUAUAUAUAUUAAUGAUGAAACUUGAAAGUAUAUAUAGGUUAACCCGGGUUCAAACAUAAGAUGCCGCGAUCGAAGAUGCGUCCAACAGCUAGUAAACUAUAUAACAAAGUUAAUAUAUAUUCAUGCAUUUGAUAUUUUCGCGUCGCGUCGCAUCGCUUCGCACCGCUUCGUCUCAAUGAGGAACCCAUUAAGUUAUUAAUCGAUAACGAACAGUAAGUAUCGUUGAUUUUGUACGUUGUGUAGAUUUGUAGAUUUAUUUCAUUAUUUUAGUGCAUUGUCACAAAUGACGAUAAAUUUUUAGAAAUAAAUUUCUUUUCAAAUUUGAUUCUUUUUAAUA